UCGGCUGGCCGCAGAGUCCGCCGAAGCUCAGCAGCUGCUGAGGCGGCUGAGGGGUUGGGGGGGGCGGGAGUUGCGGAAAAUGUCUCGAAGUUUGGCGGCCGCGGAGGCUCGGCUUUCGGCAGAGACGGAGGGCCCGAAGGAGUAAGAUCCUCCUAUUUUUGGAAGGUGUAAGUGAAAACCAGACGAGAAAGUUUGGUCUUUCAAGUGGACAUGGCUCAGCUAUCCAGCAGCAAUGGAUUUAAGCAGUGUUCAUCUUCACAUGUGGGACAAGCACGAUCAAAAGAUGUGGAUAAAGAAGAAGCAUUACAGAUGGAAGCAGAGGCUUUAGCAAAACUGCAAAAGGAUAGGCGAGUGACUGGCAACCAGAAAAGCUUUGAUUCAUCAUCCACCACCAGACAAAAGGCCCAAGUUUAUAGCAAACAGGAUUAUGAUCUCAUGGUAUUUCCUGAAUCUGAUACCAAAAAAAGAGCAGUAGAUAUCGAUGUCGAAAAGCUCACUCAAGCCGAACUGGAGAAAUUAUUGCUGGAUGACAGUUUCGAGACUAGGAAGACACCUGUAUUGCCAGUCGUGCCCGUUCUGAACCCUUCAUUUUCAGCACAGCUCUGUCUCAGACCUGCUGUUGAGCGAGGAGCGUGGCCAUCAGGGUUGUCUGGAACUUCAUCUUACACUUUGCCUUCUAUUUAUCAGUCAACCUACUGUAGCAAACCGACCGCAUUCCAGAAUGGCUUCAGUCCCAGAAUGCCCCCUUUCCCAGCUACAGAACCCCUGUACUUAAGUCUUCCAGGACAGUCUCCGUAUUUCCCCUACCCGUUGGCACCAGCCGCCUCAUUCCACCCACAAGGAAGCCUCCCUGUCUACCGGCCAGUGGUCAGUCCUGAUAUGACAAAGCUGUUUGACAAGAUAGCUAGUACAUCUGAAUUCUUAAAAAAUGGGAAAGCGAGGACUGAUUUGGAGAUAAAUCCCAAAGCCUCGAUACACAGUCCGCAGGUGUCUCCAAAGUCUGAAGGGAUCAGUAAGUUCGACUGGUUAGACUUGGAUCCUCUGAAUAAACCGAAGGUGGACAAUGUAGAGGGGCUGGGCUGGGAGGAGGAGGAAGCUGUCCCGAGUUUGCUAGCAGAGGAUCCUUGGGAUGCUGUGCUUCUUGAGGAGAGGUCACUGGCAAGUUGUCACCACGAGAGAAAGGUGAAUGGAAAGUCUCCUUCUGGGGUGACCGUAACAAGAAGCCAGUCUUUAAAUAUUCGAACAACCGAGCUCACGAAACUCCAGGGCCAAAUAUCUCAGAAAGACUCAAAAGGGACCAAUAGUUUGCCACCUGGAAGUUCUCUCCUGCAAGGAAUUGAAGUACAAAAUGAGGAGGUAGCAGCCUUUUGUCAGUCCAUUACAAAACUGAAGACCAACUUCCCAUAUACCAGUCAGUGUACAAAUCCCGGCUAUUUGUUAAGUCCAGUCACAGUGCAAAGAAAUAUAUGUGGAGAAAGUGCUAGUGUGAAGGUCUCCAUUGAGAUUGAAGGAUCUCAGCUACCAGUUACUUUUACAUGUGACGUGAGUUCUACUGUAGAAAUAAUUAUAAUGCAAGCCCUCUGCUGGGUCCAUGAUGACUUAAAUCAAGUAGAUGUUGGCAGGUAUGCUCUGAAAGUUUGUGGUCAAGAAGAAGUCUUGCAAAAUAAUCAUUGCCUUGGAAGUCAUGAACAUAUUCAGAACUGUCGAAAAUGGGACACAGAGAUUAAACUACAACUCUUAACCUUCAGUGCAAUGUGCCAAAAUUUGGCCCGAACUGCAGAAGAUGAUGAAAUGCCUGUGGAUUUAAACAAACACCUCCAUCAAAUAGAAAAACCUUUUAAAGAAGUCAUGACAAGACGCCCUGUAGAAGAACUUUUAGAUUCUUAUCACAGCCAAGCGGACCUGGCUCUGAAGAGUGAGAGUCAGCAUCAAGCAGAUCAAGUAAUUAAAGCAGUAAGAAAAAUCUGCAAUGCCUUAGACGGUGUAGAGACGCUUGCUAUUACUGAAGCAGUGAAGAAGCUAAAGAGAGCCGUGAAUCUUCCCAGGAGUAAAAGUUCUGAUGUGACUUCACUGUCUGGAGGAGACACUAGCAAGUGCUCAUCAAGAGGCUCACUGAAUCCCGAAAAUUCUGUUCAAGUAAGCAUUGGCCAAUUAACGGAAGCAAUUUAUGAUCUUCUUAGACUCCGUGCAAAUUCUGGUAGGACUCCUACAGACUGUGCCCACGGUAGCAAGAACACUAAGGAAGCGUGGACCACAACAGAACAACUUCAGUUUACUGUUUUUGCUGCACAUGGCAUUUCUAGUAACUGGGUAUCAAAUUAUGAAAAAUACUACUUGAUAUGUUCCCUGUCUCACAAUGGAAAGGAUCUUUUUAAACCUAUUCAGUCAAAGAAGGUUGGCACUUAUAAGAACUUCUUCUAUCUGAUUAAGUGGGAUGAACUAAUCAUUUUCCCCAUUCAGAUAUCCCAAUUACCACUAGAAUCACUUCUUCACCUUACUCUUUUUGGAAUUUUAAAUCAGAGCAGUGGAAGCUCCCCUGAUUCUAAUAAGCAGAGAAAGGGGCCAGAAGCUUUGGGCAAAGUUUCUUUACCACUUUUUGACUUUAAAAGGUUUUUAACAUGUGGAACUAGACUUCUGUAUCUUUGGAUAAAUCCUGUUCCUGGAACACUCCCCAAAAAAGGACAUGUGAUGGAGAGAAUAGUGUUACAGGUUGAUUUUCCUUCUCCUUCAUUUGACAUCAUUUAUACCACUCCACAAGUUGACAGAAGCGUCAUACAGCAACAUAGCUUAGAAACCCUGGAGGACGAUAUAGAAGGGAAGCUUCUUGACAUCCUUCACAAACCCUCAUCACUCGGACUUUCUAAAGAAGAUAAAGCCUUUUUAUGGGAGAAACGUUAUUAUUGCCUGAAACACCCAAAUUGUCUUCCUAAAGUGCUGGCAAGUGCCCCAAGCUGGAAAUGGCUUAAUCUCGCCAAGACCUACUCACUGCUUCAGCAGUGGCCUGCAUUGCACCCACUGACAGCACUGGAACUUCUCGAUUCAAAAUUUGCUGACCAGGAAGUGAGAUCUCUGGCCGUGUCGUGGAUUGAAGCAAUUAGUGACGAUGAGCUAACAGAUCUUCUUCCACAGUUUGUGCAGGCUUUGAAAUAUGAAAUUUACUUGGACAGUUCUUUAGUGCACUUUCUUCUGUCCAGGGCAUUGGGAAACAUACGUAUAGCACACAAUUUAUAUUGGCUCCUCAAAGAUGCCUUGUAUGAUGCACACUUUGGUACCCGGUAUGAACACAUCUUGGGUGCUCUCCUCUCAGUCGGAGGAAAAGGGCUCCGAGGAGAACUUUUGAGGCAGACAAAACUUGUACAGCUGUUAGGAGCAGCAGCAGAAAAAGUAAGACAGGCCAGCGGAUCAACCAGACAGGUUGUUCUCCAAAGGAGUAUGGAACCAGUACAGUCUUUUCUCCUAAGAAGCAAAUGCCAUCUCCCUCUCAAUCCAAGUCUUGUGGCAAAAGACUUGAAUAUUAAGUCUUGUUCCUUCUUUAGUUCUAAUGCUGUUCCCCUCAAAGUCACAAUGGUGAAUGCUGAUCCGAUGGGGGAAGAAAUUAAUGUCAUGUUUAAGGUUGGUGAAGAUCUCCGACAAGAUAUGUUAGCAUUACAGAUGAUCAAGAUUAUGGACAAAAUCUGGCUUAAAGAGGGACUAGACCUGAGGAUGGUCAUUUUCAAAUGUCUUUCAACUGGUAGAGAUCGAGGUAUGGUGGAGUUAGUCCCUGCUUCAGACACGCUCCGGAAAAUCCAGGUGGAAUAUGGUGUGACAGGAUCCUUCAAAGACAAGCCACUUGCAGAGUGGCUGAGAAAGUAUAAUCCCUCUGAAGAGGAAUAUGAGAAGGCUUCUGAGAAUUUCAUCUAUUCUUGUGCUGGAUGCUGUGUAGCCACUUAUGUUUUAGGCAUCUGUGACCGACACAAUGACAAUAUCAUGCUUCGAAGUACAGGACACAUGUUUCACAUUGACUUUGGCAAGUUUUUGGGCCAUGCACAGAUGUUUGGUAGCUUCAAAAGGGACCGCGCUCCUUUUGUGCUGACCUCUGACAUGGCCUAUGUCAUCAAUGGGGGUGAAAAGCCCACUAUUCGUUUCCAGCUGUUUGUGGACCUCUGCUGUCAGGCCUACAACUUGAUAAGGAAACAAGCAAAUCUAUUUCUUAACCUCCUUUCACUGAUGAUUCCUUCAGGAUUGCCAGAACUUACAAGUACCCAGGAUUUGAAGUACGUUAGAGAUGCCCUGCAACCACAAACUACAGAUGCAGAAGCUACCAUUUUUUUUACUAGGCUGAUUGAGUCAAGUUUGGGAAGCAUUGCCACAAAGUUUAACUUCUUCAUUCACAACCUUGCUCAGUUGCGCUUUUCUGGUCUUCCCUCCAACGAUGAGCCCAUCCUUUCCUUUUCACCCAAAACAUACUCCUUUAGACAAGAUGGUCGAAUCAAGGAUGCCUCUGUUUUCACUUACCAUAAGAAAUAUAAUCCAGACAAACAUUAUAUUUACGUGAUUCGAAUUUUGAGGGAAGGACAGCUUGAACCAUCAUUUGUUUUCCGGACAUUUGACGAGUUUCAGGAACUUCACAAUAAGCUCAGUAUUAUUUUUCCACUUUGGAAGUUACCAGGUUUUCCCAACAGGAUGGUUUUAGGAAGAACACAUAUAAAAGAUGUAGCAGCCAAAAGAAAAAUUGAGCUGAAUAGUUACUUACAGAAUUUGAUGAGUGCUUCAACCGAUGUAGCAGAGUGUGAUCUUGUCUGUACUUUUUUCCACCCUUUACUUCGUGAUGAGAAGGCAGAAGGAGUAGCAAGGUCUGCAGAUGCAGGUUCCUUCAGUCCUACUCCAGGCCAGAUAGGAGGAGCAGUGAAAUUAUCGGUGUCGUACCGAAAUGGUACUCUUUUCAUCAUGGUGAUGCACAUCAAAGAUCUUGUUACUGACGAUGGGGCCGACCCAAAUCCAUAUGUCAAGACAUACCUACUUCCAGAUACUCAUAAGGCAUCCAAGCGUAAAACGAAAAUUUCACGAAAAACUAGGAAUCCGACAUUCAAUGAAAUGCUUGUGUACAGUGGCUAUAGUAAAGAAACACUAAGACAGAGGGAGCUUCAACUAAGCGUGCUCAGUGCUGAAUCUCUGCGGGAAAAUUUUUUCUUGGGCGGAAUCACUCUUCCUUUGAAAGAUUUCAACUUGAGCAAAGAAACAGUUAAGUGGUAUCAGCUGGCUGCAGCAACCUAUUUGUAAGGGAGUGGACCUCUGCGCUUUGUAAGCAAGAACCGUCAUCAAUGUGCACACACAGAUGCCUGUGAACUUUUUGUCCUUGGACACAAAUUGUAAAGUAACUGUACUGGCUGCAUUUCAACAUGACUAUUGGACCCAUAGUUCUAUAACUGACAUUUAUGAAUUUGUUGAAGCCUUUGCUGUUUUUAAAAUCAUUAAAUAGAAUGCCAGAAACCCUAAGCUUGGGGAUGACUGAGUUGGUGAAGGGUCAAUCAUCUUGAAGGAUUCAGAGUAAUAGCUUUAGCUUGGUCUGAGUGUGGUGUGUAGCUCAGCCACCCAUUUGUCAUAGUUUCUGGCACAGCCACAGCAUGUUUCCCUGUUGUUUUUCUUUCACUCUUCACCGCUAGUAUAUGUUUGCAGACACCAAAGGAAGGCAGAGGUGCAGGAUCUUACCAGAAAAUGUAGCUACUAAUUCACAAGGCUGAAACGCAAAGCACAACUACUCCGAGAAUGUGUUAAGAACUACUAAGUAGUUUAUCGAAGUAGGGAAAAACAAUAUCGCUUUAUAUCAAGUCUUUAAAAUCUCUUUCAGAGUAAGUGCCGAUCACUGAAGUUGUAAAUACUGGUGCCUUAACUUCUUAUGCUUCCCUGGCACUGCAUUCUGAUUUUGUUCCUGACUUGAUAAGUAAAUAUAAGGAGUUUUCACUAAUUUCAACGUAAUACAGACAAGAAACUAUGUACUCUGCUUUUCAUGCUGGAGCUUUCCAUUACUUCUGUUGUAAACAGUCAUUUCUGUUUUUAUGGCCAUAACUCAAUGAGGUCCACUAAACCCCAUCAUUCCAUUAUGAUUCUAUUUAUUUCUAGGAGUGAGUUAAAAAUGGUGAAUUUAUCUCCUUUUAUUUGUACUCCUUUCCCUUGUUAAACCAGUAAAGUAUGUCCAUUCAUGUACCAUUGCUGUUCCCAGGAAGAUCUCUCAGUAGGGCAAACCUUCACAAUAGUCCUUGGACAAUAAUUCUAGGGUCCAGACUGAAUGUAAUGUAGAUAUUAAGGCAAAGUUUGUCUGGGAAGCCGCCUUACUUGCACUUGUAAACAUUGUACGUGUGUAUGAAUUACUGUCCAGUGUAGGGGGAUCACAAUCAUAAAGAACAUGAUUCAGACUGGUUUUAUAGGAACUACUAAGAUCCAUUUUUCUUAGUCAGUCAAUUUAAUAGUUUUUGUUAUGCUGUAUAGUUCUCACAGUUAAAAGAGAAAGUCAGGCACACUUAAGUCAUAAGAGACCCUAAUGGUCUAGCUGCCGUGAGACAGCUGAUGGAAUGGAGAGAACCAAGAGAGGAAAGAGAGUCCCUAACUCCGUUUAGCCUGGAGCGGAACAUUUACGUGUGUGUCUCAUGAAAAUGGUGACACCUGCGGAGCAGAAAUAGUCUAGGUGAAGAGGUAUUUGUGGGACAGGAUACGAAAUACAAAAACCAAAAACCAAACUUGAACUUUGGUGGUGCCUAACACUAAUGGUCUGUUUGUGGGAAGCCCUGUGAGUAUGAUAUAUGAAUGUAUUUAUAAUGUUAAGAUUUGUUGUCGGUUUAAUAAGUUACUUAAAAUACAGAUCAAGUACUUCAUUUGUUUGUUUUUUCCAGUUCACAUUUCCAUCAAUAGUGUAAGUAGCUUAGAGAAGUACUAAUUACUAUCCCAUAAUAAUUUGGAUCCAUUCCAUGAGUUGUCACUUUGUCACUGUAAAAAACGAUACUGUCCAGUGAAAGAUCAUUGGCACUUUGCCGCCUGUUGCAACAGUGUGUCUUAGCACAGUUAAUAGAGCUAGAAACUGUGAUGCCACUUGUCCAUUACAAGAAAUCUGAAUUCUUUUUAAAAGUGUAUAUUAUGAUUAAUAUUGUACAGUUCACUAGAGAUCAUAACAAGUGGUAAUGUUCUCUUAAUUUAACUCAUGUUGUGUCUUCAGUCAUUAAAAACUUGUGUAUACAUUUUACAUGUAUUUUAAUAAUAUAAGUUAUUUCUUUGUGAAAUCUUUAUCCCUUACUCCCCCCCAAAGGGGGGGGAGAGCCUUUUUUGCACUAUUAUGAUCAAUGUGUUUUAAAUCAGCUGUUUUAAGAACAUUUUCUUAAAAUUGAUAAUUAAAAUAUAUCCAAAAAUAGGAGCUUAAACAAACUGACACUAAUUAUUAUGUGUAAUCACAGUAUUUUUUACCAGGUAAAAAUAAUAUGCUGCAUAAAAGUCCUGCACCAGAAGAAUUCUUUCCAUUCAUUGGUAAUUUUGAGAUUUUAUAAUAAUUGUUUAUUCUAAAAACUGUAUUCUCUCUACUAAAGAAACUGUCACCCUUGCACUGACAUUUUUAUGGAUGCCUUUAUAUGAACCGACAGGUAUCUCAACAUCAGGGCACACGUGGCCUCUGAGAAAACAUCUUUUCAAACCAGAGUUGGAUAAAAAUUGUAAUGCCUUAACUUAGUUAUUCUUUCUAGGACUCAAGGACUGUGGCGUUUAAAUCCGAAAAUAUUCACUUUUGAUACUUAGGCCGGAUUAAAAGGGACUAAAGCCACACUACCACAAUCCAUAGACUUACAUGCUGUUUGACUAGUAGUGCAAAUAUUAACAAAUAUGGCAAUUAGUCUCAUUUCUAAGAACCAAAUACUUUAAUGAUUAAGGUAUAACUAAAGAUGUAUAGUAUCUUACUAUAUUUUUAUUAAUACCUUGAAUAUAUUCAGAGGAUUGAAUGUGAAGCGUCAUAACUGUACUGCCAUUCUGUUCACAUCUUUCUGGAAUAAAGUCUGCUGUUGUUUCUUU